AUGAAGUGCCCCUUGGCGGCAGCCAGCAGCCGUCUGAUGGGGAGCUCCUCGGCCUCGUCGUUCAUGGGCAGCUUCCUCACCAGCAGCCUGGGUUCGGCCACCUCCGCACACCCGAGCGGCCCCACCUCUGCCCCCUCUGAACAGGCCUACCACGGCUCCCACCCGGCCCCCUCCCAGAUCUGGUUCUCCCACUCCCACGAAGCUCCAGGGUACCCCAGAUUUUCAGGGAGUCUGGCAUCCACCUUCCUACCCAUGAGCCACUUGGAUCACCAUGGAAACAGCAAUGUCCUCUAUGGGCAGCAUCGUUUCUAUGGAGCCCAGAAAGAUAACUUCUACCUGCGCAACCUGCCCCCCCAGCCCACCCUCCUGCCCACCAACCAUAACUUCCCUGGCGUGGCCCGAGCCGCCCCCAGCCACCCCGUCGGCUCCUGCAGCCGCGAGCGGGGCGAGGCCGGACCACUGCCCAAGGGCUCCAAGGAGUUCGACCGCUUCCUCAUGGGCAAAGGCCUGGGCAAGGAGAAGGCUGUCAAGGUGGCCGACGGCAAGGAGCGGCCAGUGGCGGCCGAGGAGGACGGCGGCAAGGAGCGACACAGGCUGGUGCUGCCCAUGCCGGCUGACGGGCACUGCCCAGACGGCGCUGGGCCCCGGGCGGCCUGCGAGGGCCGCGCCAAGCACCUGGCCGCCUGCCUCCUCAACACCAAGGUGCUCAACGGUGACAUGGGCAAGACCCCGAUGGCCAGCUGCACAGGGGGCAUGCUGGUGCGGCCCGGUGCGGGCACGGCAGCUCCCGGGCGCUGUGCCAAAGAGGCGGCGGGACCCCCGGAGCCAGGACCAGCCUUCAGUGAGUGCCUGGAGCGACGGCAGAUACUGCACCACACGGUGUCCUACACGGUGCCCUCCGGCCUGCCCACUGGGCCACCCCCGCCCCUCAGCACCGCCCCCAGCUCCUUCCCCUGCUUACAGCUCCACGCCGGCCCUGACGGGCUCUGCCCGCUGCAGGACAAAGCCCCCCGGGACCUGAAGGCCAGCGGGCCCACCUUUGUGCCUUCCGUGGGACACCUGUCUGACAAGAGCCGUUCUUACCAGACUGCCGAGGCCUGUGCCGUGGCCAGCGAGGGCAAGGACCGGCACCUGGACGGGGUCGCCGAGCACGCCGCGUCCUAUGGUGUCGCCUAUGCCCACCUGAAGGCCGAGGGCAAGGGCGAACGGCGGACAGGCAGCUUUGAGGCCGCCCUCAACCCCAGGCUCAAGGGCCUGGAGUACCUCAACAGUGCAGGUCCUGAGGUCUCCUUCCCAGGCCUCCCCAAGGGCGGCCUGGACAAAAACAGCUACUUGGAGCUGCCUGCCCCCACGCAGGAGUGCCCCCACCCAAGUCACCAGGACCCGUUGGGUGGGAAGAUCGGGCAGGCCUGCUGCACUUCGGAGAAAGCUGCUGGCAAGGAGGCCCCCUCGGUCGCCCCCGGGGCCCAGAAAGUGGCCCGCAUCCGGCACCAGCAGCACUUGGUGGCCCCCGAGGGAGACCCAGGGUGCAGCGGGGCCGAGGGCAAGCGCAAGUCCCUGGAGCUGGCGGCCCUGGGUUACGGUGGGCCCCACCUGCCACCGUGGAGUGUGCAGGCCGGCCAGGGUGCCGCCAUGGCUGUCGGUGAGGAGCGCAAGGGCGGCGCCUACCUGGACCCCUUUGGCGGCAGCCUACAGCCGUCAGCCCUCCUGUCCCAGGAGCUUUCCGCCCCACCGGACGAGGUCUCGGCCAUGAAGAACCUGCUCAAGUACAGCAGCCAGGCCCUGGUCGUGGGCCAGAAGGCACCCUUUGUGGGCCUGGGCGGCCUGAAGGCCAGCUGCGUCCAGCAAGAAGCCAAGUUCCUGGCCCCCAAGGGCCCGGGCCAGGCCCAGAGCGAGGUGGAGAGGCCCGACUGUGCCCGAAGCCGUGAACAUGAUGCCCCACACGGCGAUGGGGAGGUGCGGCAGCCACCGGUGGGCAUCGCCGUGGCCUUGGCCAGGCAGAAGGACACUGUGAGCCGGCCUGAGAACAGCUAUAGCGGCAGCGCUGGGCGGCAGGGCAGAGCGGCCCCUGCCUUCAAGGCCGGUGGGGGCCCUCGCUCCAUGCACGUGCUGGACCUGGAGGCCGAGGAGGAGCGGACACAGCUGUGCGAGGACCGCCUGGGACUGGCCGGCCGCGAGCUGCUGCUUCAGGACAACAAAGAACUGGUGGAGUUCGCCCGGACACACCCGUCGGGCAGCUGCCCUGGAGACCUGGGUGCCCACCUUGUGAUUGCCGGCGGCCCCUCUCUACAGAACAGCCAGCUGGGCGGGGACUCGGCCCCUCACCCGCACCCUACCCACCCGCCCUGGCUGCCCCGCACCCGCAGCCCCUCCCUAUGGAUGGGGGGACAUUCCUACGGCCUUGGGCACCCUGCCCUGCACCAGAACCUGCCCCCUGGCUUCCCUGCCUCGGUGCCCGGCCCCAUGCCCCCCGUCUUCCCCCUCUCCCAGGACACCCCUGCGCAGCUUGUCAUCCUGCCCUCAGAACCUGCAUCCCACGCUGCCCCCCACGCACUUGCUGAUGUCAUGGACCAGGCUUCACUGUGGCCCCCCAUGUAUGGGGGCCGGGGCCCCACCUCACACAUGCAGCACCCUGGCCAGCUCCCCGUGUACUCUCGCUCCGGGUUCCUGCCGCAACAGGAGCUGUACCCCGCCCUGGAGUGGCAGCGGCACGCCCAGUUCCAGCGGAAGCCGGAGGAACACCCCUCGGAGCUGGAGGGACCUGGCCCUGAGAAGGCCCAGAAGUCCACCCACAAGCCAGUUGCCUUAACCCCCACCGCCAAGGGCGCCUCCCCGCCAGCUGCUGCGGGCCCCAAGCUCUCUCUCUGCUGCCACUCCCCAACCCUGCAGCCCCCCACGGCCUGUCCCACUCCACCGCCGCCGCUGCCGCCACGGCCCAGCGCCCCGUGCACUUUAUCCGUCUUGCCCUGUGUCGGCGCAUCCACCAGCAGCCCUGGGCCCCGCUCUACGGUGUCCAGAGCUGAGGACAAGGGCGCGGAGGGCCAGCGGCCCCAGGAUGCCCUCAAGGUCCUGGAACCAGCCCUGCCCCCCGGAUAUCCGCGCCCCCCUGCCUGCGUGGGCUUCUCCUCUGCCCACCCUGCCCACGUGUGUUCUUCUGACCUCGCGGACCCUGAAACUAUGCAAACCGCCCCCCCCAGGGCCCAGCCUGAGCCGACGAGGGCCUUCCCACCUGGGGAACCGUCCCCCUGCGCCCCUGCGAGCCUGGAGGAGCCUGGGUUGCUCUUGGGAGCCAGAGACACUGAGGGCCCCGCCACCACACCCCACCCCGCCAAGCGGGCACCUGCAGGGAAGGCAGCGGACCCCAGCCCACUUGAGGGGCUAGAAGAACUGCAGUGUGGGGCCCUCACCAAGGGCGGGCGCUCCCAGGCCGCUGGCCAGGCUCAUUCUACUCAGGGAGGGGCACAAGAGGAGAGGACAGAGGAGGACAGCAGGGAGGAGGUGGCACAGGGACCCUUGUUGGCGGCUGCCACCCAGGCCUUGGAGCAGCGGCCGUGGAGCCCUGGUGCCCGGGGUGAAGAUGAGGAGGGGGAGCGGGUGGAGGAGGGGGAAGAGGUCACCGAGGAGGGGCACACAGGGGAGGACUGGACCUGCCUGGACAAUGGCCACCUGCCCAGGGUGCUGCCCAGCCUGGAUGCCCUCGUGGCCGCCACCAUCCACCUGGGGGACCUCCCCAGACUCAGCCCACUGCACCCUCAGGCCCCGGCUGCCCCGGAGCCCCCCAGUGCCAGCCCCCCAUCCCGAAGCUCAGGAAUUCACGGGAUUGUCCUGCUCAGCGAGCUGGCCGACCUGGAGACCCAGAGACAGAGGAGUGAGCACGCUCUGGGAGAGGAGGAGGAAGACGUGCUGGCCUUCAAUUUGCAGCACCUGGCCACACUGGCCACAGCCUGGUCCCUGGUGGAGGCUGCAGGUCUGGACAGCCCCGCCCCCACAGCCCCGGCCCCUGCUGCCAACCCCGGCGGCAGACCUGCACUCACACCCCGCAUGCAGAUACUGCAGCGUAAGGACACCUGGACCCCCAAAGUGAAGCCUGUGUGCCCACUCAAGGCAGCCAUCGAGCGUCUGGACACACAGGAGGUGGAGAUGCGCGUGCGGCUGGCGGAGCUGCAACGGCUGUACAAGGAGAAGCAGCGGGAGCUGGCGCGGCUGCAGCGAGAACACGAACAUGAGAGAGACGAGAGCUCGCGCAGCCCUGCUCGGCGUGGGCCAGGGAGGCCCCGGAAACGGAAACACUCCAGUUCUCUGCCCGCCUUGCGUCCUGGGGGCCAGCUGGCCAGGGGCGAUGGCAAGAGAGUCAAGGCAAUGAGGACCAGCCUGGGUCUGCUGUGUGCCGAGCUGCGGGGCGCUGGGGAGCCCCCUGAGAAGCGGAGCCGCCUGGACCAGGACGUCUACGUGGGCCUGCAGGCCACCCCUGCGGAGCGUGAGAAGAGCGGCCCCCAGGGCAAGCUGGCCGCCGUCGUGGCCCACAAGGUGGCCCAGCUGAAGCCGAAGGUCAAGAACAAGGGGCUGCCUCCAGGCCUCAGCCCCUUCCCAACAGGGCGUGUGCACAAGAAGCUGUCCGGUGCCAAGAGCACCAAGGUGUCUGGAGUGGCCCGGCCCCCACAGCCCCAGGGCGACAGUGGCAAGGAGGCACCCAAGUUCCUGGGCAAGCCAGCGGGGACCUCGGGACCGGAGGCAGGCAAUGGCUCUGACAGUGAGGACUGCAGGGGGCUCCUGGGAACUGAGGUGCCGCCCAAGGAGUCGGGGCUGGCAUUGCACGGGGCCGGCGUGGCCGUGCUGGGGCCCUCACCCUCCUCCGUGGUCAAGAUGGAGGCCAACCAGAAGGCCAAGAAGAAGAAAGAGCGGCAGGGCCUCCUUGGGGCCUGCCGCCUGUCCAGCCCCGAGAGCGAGGUCAAGAUCAGGAGGAGGGCAGUGAAGGCCAAGGUGGCCGCCAAGCUGGAGCGGGUCCCAGGGCAGAGGCCGCCUGGAGCGCCCAGUAAGAAGAAAGCCAAGGGCAAAGGCAGGGGAGGUCUGCGGGCAGAGCCAGGGGCCCCCGCCACCAGGGACGCCCUCUUAGGCCCUGCCCGCGCCUUCGGCUGCCACGAGGAGGGCAGCAAGCUGACCAGUGAGCGCCUCAAGAGAGCCACGCGCAAGAGCUCCGUGCUGCGGCCGGUGCUUCAGCGGAAGAACGGGGCCCUGUCCAUCACCCUGUCGCCGCGCAACGCCAAGGCCAUCCUGGGCAAGGGCAGGAAGCUGGGUGCUGUGAAGAGUGCGGCUGUCAGCAAGCAGGGCAAGGGCCGGGCCGUGAGCCGGCUGUUGGAGAGCUUCGCCGUGGAGGACGACUUCGAGUUUGAUGAGGACAGCAGCUUCUCGGAGGCAGAGGGGGAGGACGGCGAGGCCAGCGGCCCCCUGAGCGCUGAGCAGAGGGCCGCCCUGGCACGCUCGUGUGUGAUCCACAAAGAAGACCUGCAGGACGGCCUGCCCGUGCUCAUCCCCAAGGAGGACAGCCUGCUGUACGCGGGCAGCGUCAGGACCCUGCAGCCCCCAGACAUCUACAGUGUCGUCAUUGAAGGCGAGCGAGGGAACCGGCAGAGGAUCUACUCUCUGGAGCAGCUGCUGCAAGAGGCGGUCCUGGAUGUCCGGCCCCAGUCCAGCCGGCACCUGCCACCAGGCACCCGGGUCUGCGCCUACUGGAGCCAGAAGUCCCGCUGCCUGUACCCGGGCAACGUGGUCCGAGGGACCUCCAGUGAUGAGGAGGAAGACCUGGACUCUGUGGUGGUGGAGUUCGAUGACGGGGACACAGGUCACAUUGCUGUCUCCAACAUCCGGCUGCUGCCUCCAGACUUCAAGAUCCAGUGCACAGAGCCCUCCCCAGCUUUGCUUGUAGCCAGCAGCUGCCGGAGAAGCAAGAAAGCGUCAAGCGAGGCCCCCCCGCCCAGUGAGACCCCCGCCCCCAGCCUGUCCCCCAAGGUGCAUGAUGGCCCCGAAGUCUCCAAGACUGCGGGGAAGAAAUCCAUCAGCAAAGACAAAGCCGGCAAAGCCGACCUUGGAACCUCAGGUGCCAAACCCCCCGCUGGAGCCACAGAGCACUUCCUGGGCCGCCGGGCCAGCCCCCUGCUGAGCUGGUCGGCCGUGUCACAGACCAAGCGGAAGGCGGGGGCAGCGGCCAAAGGCCCGGGCUCCCUGCACAACUUCUUUCAGCUCAAUGGUGGCGCCAAGAAGCUCCGUACCCGCGAGGCACUGUUCCCCGUGCACAGCGUGGCCGCACCCGUGUUCGGCAACGGCUUCCGGGCCGCCUCCUUCAGCAGCCUGGCCAGCUCCUACGCACCCUUCGGUGGCGGGGCCGGACCGGGCCUGCCCGGGGGUGCCCACAAGCUGCUCCGGGCCAAGAAGGCCGAGGCGGAGAAGGGUGGGCGGCGGCGGGUGGGAGGCGAGUUCCUCGUCAAGCUGGACCACGAGGGCGUGACCUCACCCAAGAACAAGACCUGCAAGGCCCUGCUGAUGGGCACCAAGGAGCUGGCGCCCAAGCUAGGCCGGCCCCUGCCCACGCCCAGCUACACGCACUCGGCCCUGGUGGGCAAAGACAAGAAAGGGCGGGCGUCUGUACACCCACUGCCCAUGGGGCUGACGCUGCGAAAGUAUGCGGCGGGCCAGGCCGACUACCCCCUCCCCUGUGACAGCGACUGUCCCAGCUCCUACUCGGACGAGGACGAGGACGGCCCCGCCUUGGCGGCCGGUGUGCCCUCCCGCUUCCUCACCCGCCUGUCCGUGUCCCCGUCCUCAUCCAGCUCCUCCACGACCUCGUCCUCAGGCUCCGUGUCCACCUCCAGCCUCUGCUCCUCUGACAACGAGGACUCGUCCUACAGCUCGGACGACGAGGACCCGGCCCUGCUGCUUCAGACCUGCCUCACCCACCCUGUGCCCGCCCUGCUGGCCCAGCCUGAUGCCCUGCGCCCCAAGGGGGGCGGCCCCCACGCGCACGCCCAGCGCUGCUUCCUGUCCCGGGCCUCGGCGGCCGGCGGGAACACGGGCACCGGUUCCAGCAGCAGCAAACCCAGGCUCAAGCGCAAGGAGGCCCUGAGUUUCCCCAAAGCCAAAGAGCUCUCCCGGAGGCAGCGGCUGCCCUCCGUGGAGAACCGGCCAAAGAUCUCGGCCUUCCUGCCUGCCCGGCAGCUCUGGAAGUGGUCGGGGAACCCCACACAGAGGCGGGGCAUGAAGGGGAAGGCCAGGAAGCUGUUCUACAAGGCAAUUGUCCGGGACAAGGAGACGCUGUGUGUGGGAGACUGUGCUGUCUUCCUGUCCGCCGGCCGCCCCAACCUGCCCUACAUUGGCCGCAUCGAGAGCAUGUGGGAGUCAUGGGGCAGCAACAUGGUGGUGAGGGUGAAGUGGUUCUACCACCCGGAGGAGACCAAGCUGGGGAAGCGGCAGAGUGAUGGCAAGAACGCGCUCUAUCAGUCCUGCCAUGAAGAUGAGAAUGAUGUCCAAACCAUCUCCCAUAAGUGCUGGGUGGUGGGGCGUGAGCAGUACGAGCAGAUGACCCAAAGCCGCAGGUACCAGGACCGGCAGGACCUCUACUACCUGGCAGGCACUUACGAUCCCACCACCGGGCGGCUGGUGACCGCUGACGGCGUGCCCAUCCUGUGCUGA